AUGACUCUAACGGGCCGAGUGCGCAUGCGGGAUAAAGAGAGGAAUCCUGAGCAACCGACCCAAAGGGAAGGCGGUGUACAAUUCAAUGCAUUCUUGGCCAGGAUCUGCACCCCCCUUUCCAAGGCACAGGACUUUUGCAAGACUCACUCGGAGAUCCUGCGUAAGAUCUUCUUGGGGCUUGUCGGUGCAGCUUACCUGGCCUUCUUCAUCGCUGCCUGUUACCUGGACUUCAAGCGGGCCUUGGCUUUGGUCAUUCUAACGGCCUUGGCAGUCUUUCUUGUGACCUAUAACUUGGUGCAGAAAUUGUGGGGGGCACAGAUCGUCCAGCUGCUGAGUCCCCUCGGGAGAUGCUUGCAGAGAUGCUGGCCCUGGUUGAAAUGGGUGCUUUAUCUACUCAUUCUAGUUGGCCUCAUCACUUUCUUGGCUGUCGACGUGUCCCAAAGGAAAGAGCAGUUGGUGUCUCUGGGGGGCUUCAGCGUAUUAGUGCUGGCGCUCUUUCUCUGUUCCAGAUACCACAGCGCUGUGUCCUGCAGGACCUUGUUCUGGGGGCUUGGCCUGCAGUUUCUCCUGGGAGUUUUCAUCAUCCGGACAGAACCUGGAUUUCAGGCUUUCCAGUGGCUGGGCGAACAGAUCUCGAUAUUCCUCAAUUACACCCGGGCCGGUUCUGGCUUCGUCUUUGGGACCAGACUAAUCGAAGAAUCCUUUGCCUUUCUGGCUUUGCCCAUCCUUGUGUUCUUCAGCUGUGUGACAUCAGUCCUCUACUACCUAGGAAUCAUCCAGUGGGUGAUUUUGAAGAUCUCCUGGGUGCUGCAGAUGACCAUGAACACAACCACUGCGGAGUCACUGAGCGUGGCAGGGAACAUCUUCUUGGGAAUGACGGAGGCCCUGGUGCUCAUUCAUCCCUACUUGGCAGAAUUGACCAGCUCGGAAAUUCAUGCUGUGAUGACCGGCGGCUUCGCCACAGUCGCCGGGAGCGUAAUGGGAGCCUACAUUUCAUUCGGGAUAGACGCCUCCUCCUUGAUCGCAGCCUCUGUGAUGGCCGCACCCUGCGCUUUGGCAAUGGCGAAACUUGUCUACCCAGAAGUAGAAGAGUCCAAGUUCCUGAAAAUGGAGAAUGUGAACAUUGUCUCUGGGGAUGAGAAGAACAUUCUAGAAGCUGCCAGCAACGGGGCCGCGAUUUCCGUGGGGCUGGUCGCCAACAUUGCAGCCAACCUCAUUGCUUUCUUGGCAAUGCUAGCUUUCAUCAAUGCCGUACUGGCUUGGCUGGGGCACAUGGUCAACAUCCCAGGACUCUCUUUUGAGAUGAUUUGCUCCUACGUGUUGGUGCCCCUGGCCUUCUUGCUGGGGGCCAGCUGGGAGGAUGCCCCCAUCGUUGCCGAGCUGCUAGGGAUCAAGUUCUUCCUGAACGAGUUUGUGGCCUAUCAGCAGCUGUCCACUUACAGGAAGCGGCGGCUGGACGGGCUGCCCGAGUGGGGGAGAGCAAAGAAGCAGUGGAUUUCAGUGAGAUCUGAGAUCAUCGCAACGUUUGCCCUCUGUGGGUUUGCCAAUCUGGGUUCUACUGGGAUCAUGCUAGGAGCCUUAACCUCCCUGUCACCACAGCGCAAAAGCGAAUUUUCUAGCAUCGUCGUGUCAUCUUUGUUCACCGGAGCGUGCGUCUCUCUCGUCAAUGCAUGUGUUGCAGGGAUCCUGUAUGUGCCCCGAGAAGAGAAGGUCUUUUGCCCAACCUUCUUCAAGACAGCCAACCUCAGUUCCACCAGCUACUCCAUCUACCUCUGCUGCCAAGAAUUGUUUUCCAGCACCUCCGCAGGAACCGGUGGCUCCUUUUCUUUCUCAACCCCUUGGCACGAUCAAGAUGUCAACACUACUGCAACGUAUCUCCAGCAAUGCUGCGGAUCCUAUACGGCCCCAGCCUGCAGGAAGCCCUAACUGCCCCGGAAUGGGUCAGGAGAGCGACAGAGGGCAUCUUUAUGGCGGCCUCACCAUAAAACGCCGCAAAGUUUGUUUUUAUAUUGGGGGAAAAAAAUAAUAAAAGUACAUGUGCAC